AAAUUGAGAUCAUCCCAACCCGAUCUAACUAGGCCUGACUUUGCUAAACCCAGUUCCCAAACCGACGGCCUUGACAACCUGACCCCACGCUACCUGAACUCGUCCCGUGUUGCAGCCCUAACCAUACAACCCCUCGCCAUCCCUGGUGGGACCUUCCCUAAAGAAGAGAUGGAAUGAUCAUCAACGUCGUGAAGUCGAUCUACGCUCGGUUACAUUUCUGACGUAGCAAAAAGAAGACAAAAACAGGCAAUGAAAAGGAAAAAAAAGAAAGAAACAGAGAUGGGGGUUUGAUGCCUUCUUUACGCACUACACAACCUCCCACCCUCUCUCUCUCUCUCUGUCUCUCUGUUCAUUUCCAAAAAGAAUUCCAUCUCUCUCUUCCUUUCUUCAAUUGAAAAAGAAUUCCGUAUUCUCGUAAUCAUGUCUUCUUGGCUCUCCCUCUCUCUCCCUAACCCCUUCAAAUCCCCCUCCGAAGAAGAAGAAGAAGAAGACGAGAGAGCUGCUGCUGGAGCAGAAGUGGAAUCCGAGGAAGAAGAAGAAGAAGAAGACAAAGCAGGAGGCGUUAAAGAAGACCUGACGGAGCUCACCAAAACUAUCAGUCGCCAGCUUUGGGGUGUCGCCUCCUUCCUCGCCCCACCGCCUCCUCCGGUGGGCCCCACCGAUUCCCCCCCUUCUUCUCCUUCUUCUCAGGCACUCCUUGGUGGCAUCCGCAACGACUUCGCCGAGAUCGGCGGCACCUUCAAGACCGGCCUCUCCCGCCUCUCUAGCCACACGGCCGUCAAUGAGAUCUCCCGGCUCGCUUCCACACUCCUGCAGUUCCAGCCCGACGGCGAUGCUGAUGAUGACGAGGGAUCUGUCUCUGUCGUUGGCGUCACUGAGGAAGUCUUGGAAUUUGCCAAUGGCAUGUCAGCCAGCCCCCUUCCUUGGCUGGAAUUCCCACGGCUGCCCAAAGAUGAUUUUGACAUGUCCGAUGCUCAAAGGGAACAUGCAUCAACUGUUGAACACUUGGUUCCAAGUUUAGCGGCGCUUAAGCUUACGCUUUGCCCCAGUAACAUGAGUGAGGGAUGCUUCUGGAAGAUAUAUUUUGUUAUGCUGCACCCAAUACUGAAUGAGCAUGAUGCUGAGCUUCUAGCAACCCCCCAGAUUGUGGAAGUGAGGAGUAUAAUGCGGCAGCAGCUGCAAAACAGUACCAAGACAAGGUUGCAUAGCUCUGGGGGUGAGGUGGGCAGUGAAGAGAGCAAUAUUCAGGAAGAGAAAAGUGAUGUUCUGGAAAAGGCUGGGACUGUGGCAGCGGCACAUCAGGUGAGUGCCCACGAGCAGGAGAAUGUUGAUCAGUGGUUAGAAGAAGAUGGUGAGGCGGCAACUUCUAUUGAUGCUGGAAAACCGCUCGGAAAUGAGGAAGAUGUUUCAUUCAGUGAUCUAGAGAUUGAUAACGACGACGACGAUGGAUUUAGUAGAAAUGCUAGUUCAAAGGCAGUGCAGGAUGCUUGUGCUUCAUCAUCCAAUGGCUCCAACAAAUGGGUCCAACUGAAGCAAAAUUCUGAGGCCGAUGGGGACAAGAGCAAAGUAGUCAGACCAACUUCUCAGGAGAAAAAUUCCGAGGGAGAAGAACAGAGUGACUGGCUUACUGUUGAUGAUUUUGAUUUCGACAGUGGGGAGACCAUGUAAGUUGAAAAUAUCCUGUAAAGUUAUUUGUGCCCAUUUUAUAUAGUCUGUACUGCUUGGAACUGGCAAAAGAAGCUUAUCUGCUCAUGUUCAUAAUCUAUUCAGGUUAAUUUGCACUGUCAAUUGGCUAUUGAUGCUUUGUUAAGACUGGUCACUUCAGAACUUUUGUGCUCUGUGAAUUUGCUCUAUUUUUUAAAUCGUUGUAUAUUUUAUGUUAAUAUGAAUCAUUGUUGGUUUAAAUCUGAGAAAGGACAUUUUGGCUUU